AUGGUUGUCAAAGAUGACGAAAUCGUGUUCAACUCCAUUUUCUCACUCAUGGAAAAAUCGGACGAUGAAGAGAAUCAGGAUGAGAAACUGAGAGCAUGCAGCCCAACGAGGAACCUGGUACCUCUGAGGGUGGGAAACAGAAACUCAGUGAGCUUUGAGGUUGAAUUAGAAGAGAAGUUAAAGGCAUCUGAGUUUAAAUUAGUUGCUUCUCUUGAAAAGAAUUCUCAACUAAUGAAGGACCUUAGUAAGAUCAAAGAAGAGCUGAACCAUUCCCUAAAAUGGUCUGAUUCGUCUAAAAUCCUUUCAAACUUAGCUAAUCAGAAGUUCAAUAACAAAAAGGGCUUAGCUUGUAGACAGAUAAAACUUCCCUACAAUCCACACAGGAAAUAUGUCUCUGUUUCUGACAAUCUUCUGUGUACCCAUUGUGAAAGAAAUGGUCAUCUUAAAGAAAAAUGUGACUCUCUAAAAAGAAAGAGAGGAAGCAGUCAGUGCUGGUACAUGGAUAGUGGAUGCUCAAGGCAUAUGACUGGAGACACUCAAAACUUCCUCUCAUUGGAAGCACACCAGGGUGGUGGUGUGUCGUUUGGUGAUGGGAAGAAGGGUUUCAUUCUUGGAAUUGGGAAAAUAGGAAGAUCAGCAGCAUACUCCAUAGACAAUGUUCAUUAUGUGAAUGGUUUGAAAUACAAUCUCUUAAGUGUAUCUCAAAUCUGUUAUAAGGGAAAUGAAGUCAAAUUGUUGUCUGACUGGUGCCUAGUUACUAACCGUAUAACUAACAAAGUUGUCAUGUCUGUCAAAAGAGUAAAAAAUAUGUAUGUUGCAGAUCUUGACCCAAUAAAAGGGGACAAUCUUACAUGUCUAAGUUCUCAAACUGACAAUGCAAAUAUAUGGUAUAGACGAUUGGGGCAUGUGAGCUUUUCACUGCUGAACAAGCUUGUUGCAGGGGAACUUGUCCCCGGACUACCUAAGCUGAAGUUUUCUAACAACAAAGUUUGUGAGGCCUGUGUAAGGGGGAAACAAAUGAAAUUGUCUUCCAAAUUGAAGAAAGGUGUAAGCACAACCAGACCCCUAGAACUUCUCCACAUUGAUAGGACCUGUCAUAAUCCAAAGAAGAGGAGGCAAGAUGAUUUUUUUGCUGAAAAUGGAAUUCAUCACAAAUUUUCUACACCAAGGACUUCUCAGCAAAAUGGGGUUGUGGAGAGGAAUAACAGGACCCUAGUGGAUAUUUCUAGAACCAUGUUGAUUGACUCAGGACUUCCAAUGAACUUUUGGGCAGAAGCAAUCAACACAACUUGCAAUGUUACAAGCAAAUGUCUCAUCAGGACAGUGAUCAAGAAAACCCCGUAUGAGUUUGUUAAUGACAGGAAACCUUCAAUUGCUCAUCUGAAGCCUUUUGGUUGCAAAUGCUUCGUAUUGAACAAUGGAAAGGAUGAUCUUGGUAAGUUUGAUGCCAGGAGUGAUGAAGGGGUUUUUGUUGGGUAUUCCUCUACUAGCAAGGCAUACAUAGUUUUCAACAAAAGAACUCUAUGUGUUGAAGAAAACAUGCAUGUGAUUUUUGAUGAAUCUUAUGAGAAGAGCAAAGAUGAACUAAAUGAAGACAUUGAAUUGGAGGAACUGAUGAAGGGUCAACAAGAGAAAGUAAUCCAAACUCCUGGAAGUAAGCAGAUUUCAAAGGAUGGAAAAGGUGCAGAACUCAUAGAGGAACCUUGUCCCUCCGGUGCAGCUCAUGACGGAGAUGUUUAG